UAAUUGAAGUGCAUUGCUGUUGGCAAGGGGAGUGUUUUAACUGUAGCAGUGAAGUACAUGGAGGAGAGUUUCGAGAUCAUCUUUACAGUGAAGAAUAUCUCAAAACAGAUGAUUACAUUUUAAAUACCUAAUAUCUGUAAUUAAGGCAUUGUAGCAAUAAAAUUAUAUCAAAGGUGAAAGUUGUAGCGAUCAAGUGAAAGUACCACUCGAUCAUCACACUGACUUGCUAUCCACCUUUUUCCUGGGGUAAAAAUGUGUACCGCCAUUUGUAAAUUCUAUGGGUCUAGCUUCUGGUCUCAUUUGCGUCCAACUAUUUUUAGCCCUACAAAACAGUUCAUUUUUCUGCUUGAUACUGAAAAUUGAGGUGUCCUAUUAUAUUAUUUUAAUCUGUUAUCUUAAUUAAAACACACUGGUUUGUACAGCAAAUAGUUUUACAGUUUAGGCUACCUAUAGCAUCUAAUGAAAUAUCUCCGUUACAUAUGUAACCUUGGAUCCCUGAAUAGGGAACAAGAUGCUGCGAUGAUGUCAUCACUUUGGGAACACCUCUGGUGUGACGAAUGUCUGAAGCCCUUAUACCAUUGCGCUAAUUUAUUGGCCAAAUUUCGCUUAGCACCGCAUUGAGUGUAUGUUCAUAUAUGCGUGCUGUGCGCUAUUUCAUCAGAUUUUACACGAGGACGAAGGAAGCACUAUUGAAGGUACGGAACGGCCAGCAUCACAGCAUCUUGUUCCCUAUUCAGGGAACCAAGGUUCCAUACAUAAACCGAGAUGUUCCCUUUCAGAGGUACACUUCAAUGCUGCGUCAUUGCUUUGGGAACGCUAUUCAGUUGUUAAGUGAUGAUGUAAAAAGCACUUUUAAAAAGCCUCAACUCGCUUCACUUGAGAAUAUGACCUCAGCAGCCAUUUAUGAGCUCUGUUUAUUCAUAUUAAUAAUUUAGGCUAAAGACUUUGAAAUUUACAGGGUAUACUACAGUGUUUUUUUUUUUUUCCCUUCUUCAUUGUCUGGCUAUCUGUGACUUCGGUAUGGAGUUAAAGAGCGCUUGGACAUGGAAGAGGUGCUACAUGAGGUCAGACUUAACAAGCGAGGGCGCCCUCUCGCGGCUGGAGACGAUGAAUCUCCAGAUACAGGCAGGACCCGACUGCUGGUGUUCAGCAGGGAGAGCUUCAUGGAACUGGCUCCGGUCACUGCGGAAGCGUAUAUGGAGGAGUUUAAGGAUUCUCUGAUCGCUCCAUCAGAUCCCAGACAUCAGGCGGUGGAGUCAUUGGUUCGCAUUCUGGCCGAGAGAAACCAGGACAUUGCUGGGAUCUCCUCUGUCCCCUGGACGGUCCACGUGGUGGACGGCCCAACAAUCAAUGCUUUUGUUCUGCCUAAUGGAAAGGUCUUCAUCUUCGCAGGAAUGCUGGAGGCUGUAGCAGACAUCCAUCAGCUGCUCUUUAUACUGGGACAUGAGAUGGCUCACACUCUGAUUGGUCACGCAGCAGAGCAGGCCAGUUUGGCUCAGGUGGUGGAGCUGUUGUCUCUCAUCCUGUUAACGGCGAUCUGGGCGAUCUGUCCCAGGGACAGUUUAGCCAUGCUGGGCCAGUGGAUUCAGAGCAAACUAGUGCAGUUUUUAUUUAACCGGCCCUUCAGUCGUAAGCUGGAGGCAGAGGCGGACCAGGUUGGCCUGCGACUGGCUGCCAAGGCGUGUGCUGACGUGAGGGCGGGCCCAGUCUUUUGGCAGCAGAUGGAGAUCUAUGAUCAGUUGAGAGGCGAACCCACCAUCCCCGAGUGGCUGUCCACACACCCUUCCCACCUAAACCGUGUCAGACAGUUGGACCGCCUCGUCCCUGAGGCUUUGGAGCUCCGUGCACGCUGUGACUGUCCUGCCCUCCCCAAAGCUGACCCCCGUGUCAUUUUCCACCAGUCUGUUGAAUUGCUUCUGGACAAUGCCAAAAAACAAGAAAAGAUUGCACAAGAAGAAAAGAAUGAGAAACGGAGAGCUGAAGUCAUGUUGCCGCUCCCUCAGUCCCCUCCUGUCCCGACUCCGGGGUCUCAGCCUCAGUUGGGAGGAUUGCAGGCCACAUCCGCUCUGCCACAAACUCUGCUUAGUAAAUAAGACUUGAUUGAACAUGACUGACAGGGACAAAUCCAAGCUUUCCUUUUCACUUCUCUUUUUCCAGUCCAGUAGCUCUGAACAAGGACUGAGACGAUUGUCAGAUAGAACCAGACAGUUUUUUUGAUCCAUUUGAUUAGCUGUCACUUUGAUACUUACGUCAGUUAGUCUAGUGAAAUGUUUUGAGUGAGGGUAUGUACAUUAUUUGUGUGUGAUGCUUGAGUUUAUGCUCCUCCUUCAAGCAUCCGUGGAGGUGCAGUCAUGUUAAUAAUGGAGCAAUCGUCCGCGCUGAUGGCCUCGUGGGCAGCGUGGUGGCAUACAGCACCAUUGUGCUUUGGGUGUCACGAGUUCGAGUCCUGGAUCGCGUACCUUUCCCGAUCCCAUCCCCCUCCUCUCACCCACUUCGCUUCCUGUUGACCUAUACUAUCCCAUCCAAAUAAAGGCAUAAAAUGCCAUAAAUCUUUAAAAAUAAUAAUAAUAGAGCAAUUGUAAAUGGGUUUUUGAUUGGUUUUUAUGAUGUUAUUAGCAUAAGACCUCUGUGAAGUUAUGUGCAUUAUGGUGUAGAGUACAUUAUUCAUCAAACAUCUGCCUCUGCUUUAAUGUCCCCUAUAGGUUCCAGGUUGUAAUGUUAGUGCUGCAUUGCAGCUAAUGUCACUGUGUUUGGAGCUUUGGACACACUACAUUAUCAAGAGGAUUUAUAAGGCAGCUGGUGCUAAAUGAGCCCAAUGCUUGUGUUCUUGUGUUAGGUUUAUUUUAAAUGCACUUUGUAUGAAUACUAUGAAUGUAGACAUAUUUUGACUGUAAUUACAUACAAGAUAAAUUAAUUUCCC